GCGGCAGCAGCAACUACGGCGGCGGCGGCAGGUGGAGAAGUUCAGUUUGAACCCUAAAGAAAUCCUGAAGUUCCCAGAGCUUUGCCGUCUUGUCAGACUUCAUUCUUGUGACAACCACCCCAUGGUCCUCCACUCUUACUCCUUCUCCCACCCAAGCCUCUAUUUUUUUUCCUGUUCAGAACCCAGCAGUGAUGUGGAGGUGGAGACCCACAGGAGCCCCGGACUUCACCUGAGCUACCUCAGUGAUCACCAAGAGUGGCAAGAAAAGGAAGAAAGCCCUGAGUUGGGGGAGACCAGGAUGCCUGACCGGGACAACUAUGCCAACGGCACUGGGAACAGCAGUGGAGGCCCUGGAGGUGGUGGCAGUGAGGAAGCCAGUGGGGCAGUGGCCGGCAGUGGCGGGGCCAGCUCAGAUGCCAUCUGUAGAGACUUCUUGAGGAAUGUGUGCAAGCGAGGCAAGCGUUGUCGAUAUCGCCACCCAGACAUGAGUGAAGUCUCCAACUUGGGGGUGAGCAAAAAUGAAUUCAUCUUCUGCCAUGACUUCCAGAACAAGGAGUGUAGCCGCCCAAACUGCCGUUUCAUCCAUGGCUCCAAGGAAGAUGAGGAUGGCUAUAAGAAGACAGGAGAGCUUCCCCCUCGGCUGAGGCAGAAAGUGGCAGCUGGCCUGGGCCUUUCACCAGCUGACCUGCCAAAUGGCAAGGAGGAGGUGCCUAUCUGCCGUGACUUCCUCAAGGGUGACUGUCAGAGAGGAGCCAAGUGCAAGUUCCGUCACCUGCAACGGGAUUUUGAGUUCGAUGCUCGGGGUGGAGGAGGCACUGGUGGUGGGGGCUCAACAGGCUCAGUCCCCCCAGGACGGCGUCACGAUCUCUAUGAUAUCUAUGACCUUCCUGACAGGGGCUUUGAGGACCAUGAGCCAGGCCCCAAGCGCCGGCGAGGUGGAUGCUGUCCCCCUGAUGGUCCCCAUUUUGAAUCAUAUGAAUACAGCUUGGCUCCACCCCGAGGGGUAGAGUGCAGACUGCUAGAGGAGGAGAAUGCCAUGCUCAGGAAGCGAGUAGAGGAGCUAAAGAAACAGGUCAGCAACCUGCUGGCCACCAAUGAGGUACUGCUGGAACAAAAUGCUCAAUUCCGCAAUCAGGCCAAGGUCAUGACCCUGAGCUCCACUGCACCAGCGACUGAGCAGACUCUGGCCCCCACCGUGGGCACUGUUGCCACUUUUAACCAUGGCAUUGCCCAGACUCACACUACUCUUAGCAGCCAGGCUCUACAGCCUCGUCCUGUGUCCCAGCAAGAACUGGUGGCCCCUGCUGGAGCUCCAGCUGCUCCCCCAACUAAUGCUGCACCUCCUACUGCUCCACCCCCACACUUGAACCCAGAGAUUGCGCCACUGUCAGCUGCUCUGGCUCAAACAAUUGCCCAGGGAAUGGCACCCCCACCUGUCUCCAUGGCUCCUGUGGCUGUAUCUGUGGCUCCUGUGGCCCCUGUGGCUGUAUCGAUGGCCCAACCCUUGGCAGGAAUCACAAUGAGCCACACUACCACUCCCAUGGUGACUUACCCUAUUGCUUCCCAGAGCAUGCGCAUCACAGCCAUGCCACACUGAUGGGGCUACUGGACACUCCCCUGGUAUAGCCUCUCAGGGUGGGGUCGCGGGGCCCUUACCUACUCGCCUGGCCCUCCCAGGCCCUUUCUGGAGGGCUCCCUCAAGAACUAGGACAAGAGACUACAAGGAGUAUGCUUCUGAGGAGCAUGUCCUAAGGAGGGGUUGGGCUGGUGUGUUUUCACUCAUCUCCCUUUUAUGAGGUCCUCUUGUCCAUCUUCUUUCAAGCCUCACAAUGGGGGCUUGUAUAGGAGUGCAGACUGAAGCCAGCAGAGAGGAAGGACUGACUGAGGGGCUGUGUAGAGGACACAGCUGGGGACAUCCCUGGUCUUGUCCUCUGUUCUACACAGCACAGGUUCCAGCCCUGGUUUUGGAAGAAAAAAAUACCCCGCCCAGAGGGAGAGCCAGGAAAGAUUGGGAAGUGGGUGGCCUGGAGAGAAGGCCUGAUAGGAGCCUUCAGACAAUUUGGGGCCCAGUUGGUUGGGUUGGACAGUACAGAAACUGCUCCUGGGCCCUGGAAAGGCCGGGACCAUAGUACUCCAGCCCAAAGACUAGGGAAGCAUUCAUUACCCUAGCUUGGCCUGGAAAUCUGUAGGGCAGGGCCCACUACUUUCCAAAGAAAUAAAAGAACAAUUAUUUUUAACAAAUGGAGGCAGUGAAAACUUGCUUAGAUAUUCUGUGUGGAAGAUGGGAGCAGUAAGUAGAUCUCAUGCCAAAAUGGGAUAAAGACCCCACCCUCAGCUUGGGUAAAUUGGGUAGAGGCCAAUGGAGAAGGGUAGGGAUCUAGAACAAGACCAAAUGGGGCUUUGGGGAAGGUGCUUUGUGGGGUAAAAGCAUUGGAGCCACCUAGUCUAGUUUAAAAAUAACCCCAUCUGUUUCUCAUCUCUCUCUGUAUGUGUUAUUCCCAGGUUACCUUAGUAACCAGGGCUCCUAGGGUCAUUUUAGUGGGGCAGGUGUUACGGAGGGUAUAUUUACUUAGAAAUGGGGAUGGGAUGUUAUAUAGUUGACAGAUCUUCCCUUAUUCAAACAGAGCAGGGCAGGUGGAAGUUGCCUCUCUGAGUGGUUGAUGGCAGUUAAUGUCCCUCCUACCCAGCCCUUCCUCAAUAGCCAAUUCCUUAAGCCUUUAAGGCUUGGGAGGUGCUGGGAAAAGGGAGUUCUUCUGGGGACACAAGCCUCAGGGUUCAUCCCCUUAUUCCCUCUGUCUCCACAUAGGACCAGAGGUUUUAAGUCUACUUAAAGGUCAAUAAGGCCAGGGGCCCUAAUAGUCAAACCUCAGUUCCUCCUCAGCUCACGGCUGAUGUAGGGUAAACAACUCAGGUGUCUGGUCUAAUGGGACAGUGGGUUUGGGGGUAGAGAAAGUGAUCCUGGGUUGUGUUCCCCCCAUUGUGUCUCCUGCUACCUCUUGCUUUCUUGUCUGGUUAAUCACUCAGGUUACACCUGGGACCGGAGAUGGUAGGCGAGGUCAAAGCCGGUCAUUUAAAAAAAAAAAAAUGGACCGAAAAACUAAAAGUGGGCAAAUACUGUUUGUGGAUUUUAGAAACAACACAUUGAUAAAUUUAAGGUUGGUUUUCUGGCACAAUUCUAGAUUAUUAAAAGAGAUGGUUUAUGAACAUUUAGAGAAGAAUGUAAUCAUAGAUACCAACAUGAAUUCUCAGUCAAAUCCUGACUGUAUUUCCAUCUUGCCAAGUGUCUAUAAAGAGGUAGAUUUGGGAAACUGUAGACAUCAUAUGUCUUGAAUUAAUUCACUCCCACUAAAGACCACCGAUUGAACAAGUUGGGUUUAAAUGCCAUUGCAGUGAGGAAGAGAGCACACCAUUUGGAAUCGUGGUGUGUCUCAGCAGGAUGGUGUUAGCAAGGACUCAGAGGACUCAGACAUUGGUUAAGUGAUUUGGGGGAAGGUUUAAGAAAGUGGGUGUUCUGUUGGAUUAGUGCUGGUAAGGAAAGCAGGGAUAAUUCUGUGACUGGGUAUCUUAAUCUUACCUAGAAGGAGGGCAGACUAGAGUGAAGCUAAAGCUGCAAUUGGUGAUGAAGUCACUCAUUAGCUGGGAAAAGGGAUGUUUGCUGUUUUGUGGUUUGCACACUGACCUUGUUUUGUACUUAAACAAAAUUGUGAAGUGAUCUUGUUUUUCGUCUCACUUCAUCACAGUCACUGAGUGACAUCGUCUGAUGCUAAUGUUUUGUGAGAUUGUUUGUGUCCAACAGAAGAACUCAUUGGCUAUCUGUGAGCACCAGGUCAGCCCUAAUGACUCUGAAGCCUGUGUCAGGCCAGUUCCCAGAUAUCAGAAACUGCUUUCCUGCCUUGUACCUGCUAACUCAUUGCAGAUAAGAAAAAAAAUUAUGGGUCAAUUAAUAGUAGCAUUUGGUGGAAUGUUGAUUAGUGCAGUCAUGUUAGAGAAAUCUCUAGUGUCCAAUGAUAUGGCCAAGGGCUAUGUUUUAUGAAAAAAAGAAAAAACGCAACUUGGAUAAAAACAUAAAAAGCCCAUUAAUCAACAGUAACACAGGAAGUGCUAA